ACAACAUUGACAGUUCGUUCGGAUUGCAUUUGACAUAUGACCAAAUUGAAAACAAACAUCAUCAGUGCGAGCAAAUAAUCAUCCGAAAUGGGACGAAUUUGGCCGAUUUGCAUAGCAAAUUGAGUAGUAAACCCAUCUAAAGUGAUAAUAGAUUUAUUGUUUUGGUGUAAAAUCGAAGUUUUUGUGUGUGUCAACAACGGCAAAAAGUGCGAUUUGAUGCUUGUUGUUAUCACCGUAAAGACGUCGUCGAGACUGUUUGUGAUCUGAAGUAAAACGUAUGUCGUUCACUUUUGAAUCGUAAUCUCAUCGGAAAAUAGGACUCAAAUUCAUCUCGUCACCAAUAUCCCAACUAGUCAAUUUAAAUUAAUUUAAUUCAAAACAAAAAAAGUAGAUAAAUCAAAGCAAUAAUAGUAAAUUGUCACCAUGACUGGAAUUUGUGCCAUCUACAGCAGUUUUGCUCAAUCACGGCAGCCGAUAUUAUCGUUGACAUCGACAGCGAUUCGCAGCACCACUCAAAUACAUGUGCGUCGAAAUUCGGUUUUAGCUUGCGCACGCGAUACAUCCAUUGUUUCACCGACUCGCAAAGUACGCGCGUUAUCGUCUGUUUUUAACGUAAAACAAUUUGGAGAAUCCAUACAAACGAGAGAAAUGUCCGGUUUAGCAAAAAUUUUGCACACAAAUCUGUGGGAGAGCGAUCCCGAAUUGUCGGAUUUGAUCAAGAAGGAGAAGGGCCGUCAAAGCAAGGGCUUGGAAAUGAUUGCCAGUGAAAACUUCACAUCAUUAUCAGUUUUGCAGUGCUUGAGCUCAUGCUUGCAUAACAAAUACAGUGAAGGUUAUCCAGGAAAAAGAUACUACGGUGGUAACGAAUUCAUCGAUCAAAUCGAGUUGUUGUGCCAAAAGCGUGCCCUUGAAACAUACGGAUUGAGUGCUGACGAAUGGGGAGUGAAUGUGCAACCAUACUCUGGUUCACCAGCCAAUUUUGCCGUUUACACAGCAAUUUGCGAGCCACAUGGUCGUAUCAUGGGUCUUGAUUUGCCCGAUGGUGGUCACUUGACUCACGGUUUCUUCACGGCAAACAAAAAAAUCUCCGCCACCUCAAUCUUCUUCGAGAGUAUGCCAUACAAAGUGGAUCCAGCCACCGGUUUGAUUGAUUACGAGCAAUUGGAGACGACAGCACGUCUGUUCAAACCACGUGUCAUUAUCGCCGGAGUGUCUUGCUACUCGCGAUGCUUAGAUUAUGCACGUUUCCGUGACAUUGCUGAUCAAAACGGCGCCUAUUUGUUUGGAGAUAUGGCUCAUGUGUCUGGUUUAGUUGCGGCCAAGGUCAUUCCAAGCCCCUUCCAAUACUGUGACAUCGUCAGUACAACAACACACAAAACACUACGCGGUCCACGUGCUGGUGUGAUUUUCUAUCGCAAGGGAGUCCGUUCGGUCAAACCAAACGGAGAAAAAGUAUUGUACGAGUUGGAGUCGAAAAUCAACGAUGCCGUCUUCCCAGGUUUGCAAGGCGGUCCACAUAAUAACGCAAUCGCUGGUAUUGCAACUGCAUUGAAACAAGCCCAAUCACCUGAAUUCCAACAAUACCAACAACAAGUCGUUCGUAAUGCUCAACGCCUGUGCGAUGGUCUUAUCAGCCGUGGCUACAACAUCACCACCGGUGGCACUGAUAUUCACUUGGUUUUGGUUGAUUUGCGCAACGUGCAAAUUACCGGAGCUCGUGCCGAAUAUAUUUUGGAAGAAAUUUCCAUUGCCUGCAACAAAAACACAGUGCCAGGUGACAAAUCAGCAUUGAAUCCAUCCGGUAUUCGUUUGGGAACACCCGCUUUGACAACACGAGGUUUGGUCGAAAGCGACAUUGACUUGGUCGUCGAUUUGAUCGAUCGUGGUUUGAAAUUGUCGAAAGAGAUUAGCGCCGUUUCUGGAGCUAAAUUGGUUGAUUUCAAAGCCGCCUGCCAUUCGGAACAAUUCGCCAGCAAAAUUGCCGCUUUGCGUCAAGAAGUCGAAGGAUUCGGAGCGAAAUUCCCACUUCCAGGAACCGCUGACCUUUAAGAGUUUUCAUCAAAUUUUUUUUAUUGAUAUCAUUCCUUUGGAAUUAAAGCAAAAUUCAAAAAACAAUUCAAAAUUGUUGCGAUGCAUCAAAAAUAUAUUUAAAGAUUUCAUAACAAAUCACGCAGGUUUUUUUUUGUCUUGACAGAAAAAAAUGCCCUAUCAGUUGUGAUUCUAUUUUUCAUACAGUAAAAA